GAUAUGUUUGCGUAUAAGCCGGGGGACGAUUGGCCUCGUGCAACUCGCUGGGGUGCUUGUUUAUCGCAAAAGAAGAUAAAGUUUUCUGUAUCUUGGAGACAAGGCGUCGCUGUGACUGACUCAAUGGCUUUAAAGAUUCAUGUUGUUUAUUGUGGUGCCUGAGGAUACGCCCCAAAGUAUGAUGAGGUGAAGAGACGCUUAGAGAGAGAGUUUCCUGGCAAGCUGGACAUCACUGGCGAGGGGACACCAAGCAUGACCGGCUGGUUGGAGGUCCAGAUUGUCGGAGGGAAACUGCUGCACUCUAAGAAGAAUGGGGAUGGCUAUGUUGACUCCGAAGAUAAAAUGCAGCGGAUCAUCCUUGGAGUCCGUGCGGCCCUGCAGGGGUAGACAUACAGGUGCACUAACCAUGUCCUGAUGCUCAAGAGGCAAAUACUUGGCUGUCAUCCAUUACGAUUUACUUGUGUAUGAAAGGUCAAGAAUAAAGGACUAAGGUCGCAACCUUGACCUGGAUGAUUCAAGGUCAAUCUCCUGGUGACUUUCAACUUUUUGUUCCCUUGACAACUGUUUGAACUAGUACAAUGGAAAACCCUCCUAAAGCUGUGAGUUCAGUCUUCAGGUGCCUCAGGGAGUCUUCCAUAUACAUGUUGACGUUGACAUUUGAUUAAUAGUUGACACGUGUGAUAUUUUUCUCUUUCCUCUGAAUUGAGGAUGAAAAUUGCAGUGCUACAUCACAACAUCUGUAUACACAGGGAUGUGAAAUCUCCGUGGAAACCCGGAAAAUCGUGUUUUUUAAAACAGUAGUCCUUGGAAAAAAUCAUCUUCCGAGUACAAAUAUAAUCAAAGAUUAAAAAAACCAUUCCGCGGAUUGUCCUGUUUUCGAUCAGAGCUUUCAGCAGAUUAGGUUUUCGGACAUCAAACUUUAACGUGGGGUGUUGUGUCACACAGAAAGUGUAAAUACUCCGAGUCAGGUGAUGGCUUGUUUUUAAGAUAAAGUUGUCUUUUAGCCUUUAAGUGAAUGAGAUGUUUUACAGUUGUUCAUGUGAUUAAUGAGAAAACUAUGAAUGUUUGAGUGUAUUACACCGAAUCAUUAUUGCCUUUUGUUGGAUGUGAUCUGGUAAAACUCAGUUUGGAAAUAACUUUUGCUUCCUUCUGUAAUAAAAUGUACACCAGUGUACAAGUAUUGUCUUGUG